GCCUCUCUUAUUGGUCCUUACCCAAACAAACAUGGCUAGUAAAAUGGUUUAUAUAGCCAUUUUAUCCUCAUUUUUACUAGCCAUGGGACCAGAGUCUUGUUUGGGUAAGAGACCAAGGCUCGCAACAUUUAAUUCCAUUGAUGGUUGUUGGCGAAGGAACCUUAAUUGGUUCAACAACAGGGAAGAGCUUGCAAAAUGCUCAGUGGGCUUUGCAGGUAAGAUGAUCAACAACGUUGGCGAAGACGUGAAGAAAUAUGUGGUCACUGAUCCUACUGAUAACCCCACAAGCCCUAAACCAGGAACUCUUAGAUAUGGUGUGACAAUGGUACCUGGGAAAGUAUGGAUCUCGUUCCAGAAAGACAUGUACAUUAAACUUGAAAGGACUCUUCUUGUUGGAAGCUAUACAACUAUUGAUGGCCGAGGUGCUGUUGUUCAUAUUACCAAUGGAUGCCUCUUGCUCUACCAGGUUACUAAUGUGAUAAUCCACGGGUUGCGAAUUCACCAUUGUCGAACCCAACCAGCAGGCCCAAUUAUGGGACCUGGUGCAAAGUUGAUGCCAAUUAGUCAAAUGGACGGGGAUGCUAUUAGGUUGCUAGGAUCAACAAAGGUGUGGAUUGACCAUAAUACCCUUUAUAGGAGUGAGGAUGGUCUAAUUGAUGUAACCCUUGGCUCCACCAACGUUACCAUCUCCAACAACUGGUUCCGUGACCAUGACAAGGUCAUGCUAUUAGGUCACGAUGAUGAUUACAAUGACGAUAAGAACAUGAAAGUUACUGUUGUCUACAACCGUUUUGGUCCCAAUUGCAACCAACGCAUGCCAAGAGUUCGUCAUGGUUAUGCUCACGUAGCUAAUAACUUAUACCUAGGAUGGGAAAUUUACGCUAUAGGAGGAAGCAUGGACCCUAGUGUAAAGAGUCAAUCCAACCUCUUCGUAGCGCCAAAAACUGGAUCUAAAGAGAUUAUAAUGAGCAUCAACGACAAGAAAAAUGGAAAAGGAUUACAGAAUUUUAAAUCGGUGGGUGAUGUAUUGGAAAAUGGAGCUACUUUCAAAGAAACAGGAUCAGGUUAUGUGAAGCCAAACUAUAACAAAGAUGAAAAAUUUCCCGUUGAAAGUGGUAACGCUGUAAGGCAACUAACAAGAUCAGCGGGGGCUUUACGUUGUAGAGGAAGAGUAUGCUAAAAAGGAUUUUUCAUAACUGUAAAAAUUUUGUUAUAUGAUCAUCAGAGCAUUAUUAGGAGGGUGUUUAUUUAAUCAAUAUGUGCUAUAUGGGUGUUCAAUCACAUGUAGUAUGAGAU